CGUUUCGAAAUCACUCGUACGCGGUAAUGCAAUCAUAUGGCGAAACGUACAGUCGCUGACGUCGUACUUCUCAGUGACAGUGACGACGAAGACAACGGAGGAGGAGGAGGAGCGUUUCGGAAGAGAUCAGCGUUUCGGAGGAGAUCGGCGUCACUGAUGGAGAAUCGUCAAGCUCCAAGUACGAUCGCCGAUACGACGGUGACUCGUCGAGAAACCCUAGAAUGCCGGAGCUUCUGGAAAGCCGGAGAUAACUUUGUGAUUCCGAGAGCUGUUACUCCUACAGCUCCAGGUAUGCUUGAGCAUGCUCGUGUUCAUCCCAAGUUCCUUCACUCUAAUGCCACGUCACACAAAUGGGCCUUUGGAGCAAUCGCUGAGCUACUUGAUAAUGCUGUUGAUGAGAUACAGAACGGUGCUACUUUUGUCAAGAUCGAUAAGAUUGACAUUGCUAAAGAUAACUCACCAGCUUUGGUUUUCCAAGAUGAUGGAGCCGGGAUGGAUCCUGAUGGGAUUAGAAAAUGCAUGAGCUUAGGCUACUCAUCGAAGAAGUCUAAUACAACGAUUGGACAGUAUGGAAAUGGUUUCAAGACAAGUACUAUGAGACUCGGAGCUGAUGCCAUCGUUUUCACUCGCUCAACUCGUGGAGGCAAAUCAACCCAGAGCAUCGGCCUUCUGUCUUACACGUUCCUCAGGAGAACUGGUCAGGAUGAUGUGGUUGUUCCUAUGAUUGAUAUUGAUAUAUCCAGUGAUCUCCCCCAACCAAUUAUUUAUGGCACUCCCGAAGAUUGGUCUACCAACCUUAACAUUCUUCUCAAGUGGUCUCCGUUUUCAACAGAGGAUGAACUUUUUCAGCAGUUCGAGGAUAUUGGGACACAUGGAACGAAAGUAAUGAUAUACAACUUGUGGCUUAAUGAUGAAGGAGUAUAUGAACUGAGUUUUGACGACGAAGAUGAGGACAUACGGCUCCGAGAUGAAAAUGCCCUCACCAGGAAAGGGGUUGUCGCUGUGACAUUAGAACUAAGAUCUCAUAUCUCAUACCGUUUCCGACAUUCUCUAAAGGCUUACAUAUCCAUGUUGUAUUUCAAAAAGUUCAAAAACUUCAAAAUUAUUCUUCGGGGAAUCCCUGUGGAGCAAUUCAACAUUGCUGAUGAACUAAGAUAUCCUGAGACUAUAAUGUACAAACCCCAUGCAGCUGCAGUGGAAUAUGCUGUCACUGAAAUUAAAGUUGGAUUCGUCAAGAAGGCACCUAAACUUCCAGUAUGUGGUUUCAAUGUCUAUCACAAAAACCGUCUCAUCAUGCCUUUCUGGAGGGUCACUCUGAGCGGUUCGACUAGCGGAAACGGUGUUGUCGGAGUUCUUGAAGCAAACUUCAUAGAACCCGCUCACGAUAAGCAAGAUUUUGAGAGGUCUUCUCUAUUCCAGCGGCUGGAGGCGAGGUUGAAAAAGAUUACACUAGAUUACUGGAAAAGCCGCAGCGAGGAUGUUGGAUACCAUCCUGACUCCCGUGCACACAAGUCGAAGAGGAAAGCAACACCUGAUCAACCGCCUGGUGACGAUACAUUCAACCCUUCACCUUUGGCUUCUGACAAAAUUAGUCAGGGUGGUCCGAUAAUCCGUGAAAUCAGUCUUAGUAAAGGCAGUUCUAGCCGUGCACAUAAGUCGAAGAGGACAGCAACACCUGAUCAACCGCCUAGAGACGAUACAUUCAAUCCUCCACCUUUGCCUUCUGAUAAAACUAGUCAAGGUGGUCUGAUAAUACGUGAAAUCAGUCUUAGUAAAGGCACUUCUAGCCGUACAGUUGCUCUUCCACCGCCACAUAUGAGAAAUUUCACGGGUGUAAGAAGUAACUUCCAACCUGUGCAGCUCAAUCCUCAACCAGUGCAGCUUAAUACUCAGCCUGUGCAGCUCAAUCCUCAACCUGCAGCUACUGAAUCUGGAGACAACCUUGGUGGCGAGACAGCUUCUAAGCUAAGCGAAGAGAACAUACAACUGUUCAUGGAGUGCGAGGAAUAUGCAAAGAAAGAGACUGAAAUGGAACAGAUGGUAAAGAACUUAGAAAAGGAACUGGAAGAAGCCAAAAGUAAAUGUGCACUACUUGCUCUGCUUGUCAAUGCUAAGAAGAUGGAGCUCCAACAAGUUUAGAUAAAACGUUAAGACUCGAAGAACCCUAACUUUAAUCUAGAUCUUUUGGUAUAAUUGUAUGUUAAUAAGUUGUGCAACCUCCCAGCAACGAUAACACUGAUAUGUACGUACAUAGUUGCCUAGUUCGGAUAUGGGCUUUUAACGUAUUUACGCUUUAUGGCC